AUGGCUGACGUGUCGGGCACAGGCAAGAACAGCAAGGUGGCGCCGCAGAAGGAGAUCUACACCUACAAUGCGCCGUGGUCGACGUACGGACUGGCGUGGUCUGAGCGGGAGGACCGUCCGUUCCGACUUGCCGUCGGCUCGUUUGUGGAGGAGUACUCGAACAAGGUCGAGCUCAUUCAGCUCAAUGAUGCCAAGACAAAGUUUGAGUCGCAGGCUAUGCUCUCCCAUCCCUAUCCCACCACCAAGAUCAUGUUCAACCCGCACCAGGACUUUGAUCGUGAUCUGGUGGCCACGACCGGUGACUACCUCCGUCUGUGGAACAUCGUCGAGGGCCAUGAGCUCUCUGGCAAGCCCAAGAUGAAGAUGCUCAAGCUGUACAACAACAACAGGAACACAGAGUUCUGCGCUCCCCUCACCUCGUUCGACUGGAACCGCCACGAGGCCAACAUUGUCGCCACCUCCUCCAUCGACACCACCAUCACUGUGUGGGACCUCGAGCGGGAGAAGGCCCUGACACAGCUCAUUGCCCACGACAAGGAGGUCUACGAUGUCUCUUUUGGCCGUGGCGCCCUCGGUCCGCACGUCUUUGCCUCGGUCGGCGCAGACGGCUCCAUCCGCAUGUUUGACCGCCGCCAGCUCAAGCACUCGACCAUCGUGUUUGAGACCCAGGGCAAUGUUCCGCUCCUCCGCCUCUCGUGGAACAUCCAGGACCCCAACUACCUGGCCACCAUCACCAUGGACUCGCCUGAGGUCUCCAUCAUCGACAUCCGCGUCCCCUCGCUCGCCGCUGCCCGCCUUGGCGGCCACUCGGCGGCCGUCAACUCGGUCGCAUGGGCCCCGCACUCCUCGUGCCACAUCUGCACCGCAGGCGACGACCGCCAAGCCUACAUCUGGGACGUCUCCUCCAUGCCCGCCACCCUCACCGAGCCCAUCCUCUGCUACACCGCAGACGCCGAGAUCAACCAGCUCCAGUGGUCCGCACAACACCCAGACUGGAUCGCCAUCGCCUACAACGACCAGAUCCAAAUGCUCCACGGGCGUGCCGGCGGUGGCUCCCCGUCGACGAGCAAGACUCUGGCUGUGGCCCGGGCGGCGUUCCUGCCGUCGCUGCGAAGCGCGACUCAGUCGAUCUUUGCUGCUCCGCCACUGACGCCGCUGGGGCUAGCCCGAGCGGGAUCAUCUGCUGUACUUGCGGCGCCAGGCGUGGCCGAUGUGGUCAGGGUAGAGCUCCGCGAGCUCGCCAGCGAUCCGACUCUGGUCGUCGAUCGCAACACCCGCCUCGUCCCCGUCGAGCUCGACUCGGGUGCGCGCUACCUCUGCGCUCUGCCGCGGACCAUGGCAUUUCCCGAACAGCUGGCGGCGGCGCUCGAUGGUGCUGAUAUAGGUCAGUUGGCGAGCGAGGACGCGGCGCAGGUCGAGUCCGAUGACGCCGCCGAGGCCGAAGCCGCGCCUGCGGUCGUGGUCAAGGACAAGGACAAAGUCGAGGGUGAGGCCGACGACGACGAGGGGAGCCUGCUCGAGCGAUGGGGGCUGUCGGCUGCGGACAUCGAGGCUGUUCUCGCGCCGCUGAACGGGCGGUGCCUGCUCUACGAGUACGGCUGGUGGAAGUACAAGCUGUGCAUGGGCCGGUAUCUGCGGCAGUGGCACGACUCUGCGCAAGACUACAAGCUCGGAGUGUACAACGCGGACGAGAGCGCCGAAACGCAACUCGCCGAGGUCGAGUCGCAUCUUGACUCUGCGGCGCUGCGCGGGGUGGAUCCCGCUACGGCGCUGCCCGGGCUGUGGAAGCCCUCGUACCUGACGCAGAUCUACGACUCGGGCACUGCGUGUGACGUGACCGGGCAGCCGCGGCGGACCGAGCUCGUCUUCUCGUGUAAGCCAUCGGUGCCGUCGGCGUCGCUGGCGCACAUUGAGGAGCUCCGGACGUGCGAGUACCGCAUCCGCAUCCAUACCGCCCUCGUUUGCCGGCCGCGGUCAACCGAGGAAACCGGAAAUGGGCGGCUCGUGGGAUCAGAGCCGGCUACUCCAAGCACCACCCGCAUCCGCACCAUCCGCUGUGCGCCCGUGGAGACGGUCGCGUAG